AUAAUUUUUUGAAGGAUUUAAAGAAAAGAAAAAUGCUUAAUGUGUUUGAAUGAACACAAUAUAGACAAGAAUAAUAACAUAAUAUAGACAGAAAAUUUAUAAAAUGAUUAUAGUUUCAAGAAUUUUCUUUCGUAACUACGGCGGACUACAAGAUAAUGCAAUUAAAGUACUAUAUAAUGCAACUAGGAAAAAUACCACGAGGGUUAUUUCAAAUUCAGCAGAAGAAUCGCAUAGUAACGAAAUAUCAGAAAAAAAUGUUAAGCAAAAAAAAAUAAUUCCAGAUACAUAUCGAUUUAUGUAUCCGGAAUUUCUACCAGAUCCAAAUCCGUUAUAUCGCAAUGCACUCAGAGAAAAAUUGGAACGCAUAGAUAUGUUAGCAAGGCGAACACGCAUAGCAAUACCAGAGUUUUAUGUUGGUUCAAUAUUAGCGGUGACUUAUUCUGAGCCACAUGCUCCUGGAAAAGUCAAUAAAUUCGUUGGCAUAUGUAUAGAGAGGAAUGGAAGCGGAUUGAGAUCUUCAUUUCUAUUGAGAAAUAUAGUUGAUAAUCAAGGUAUUGAAGUAUGUUAUGAAUUAUAUGAUCCUGCAAUACAGAAAAUAGAUUGUCUCAGACUUGAAAAAAGACUGGAUUCACAUUUACGAUAUCUUCGGGAUGCACCAGCAAAAUAUAGUACUUUUCCCUUUGAUCUGGAGCCAGAAUUUUUGCCAGAAGGAGCAUCAGUUCCUGUAAAUGAUAUCAAAGUACCUCUCAAUGGUCUCCCAUGGCUGGAGAAAUGGGAACGUCAGGAACUGAAAGGUAUAAUAAUAAAGGGUGUAACAUUCAGUAAAAAACGCAAUGCGAAAACUAAAAUUAGUGCAAAACCAUGGGAAAAAUAUGACUUAAUGAAAAUAUACAGGGAAACUAUACCUGAAGAGGAACAAAAUGAAAUAUUUAAUGAAGUUUAUACAAAAUUACAUGAAAUAGAAAUUACUAAACGUAGGUUAAAACAUAAACGUACGUUUAUACGUCCACAGAAAACAGGAUAAAUGAUUAUUAUACAGUACUUCUUAAUUUAUGUAAGAAAAUAAAAUGAAAUAAAUAUAAUUGUUUUGUUACAA